AUGGCGUCUGCCAAGCGCAAGAGAAACAGCACGGCCUUGGAUGCCACCACCCCCAAUGCCGGAGGGAGAGCCGGCUUCGUACCUCAGACCCCUCAAACACCUCUCACAAACUCAGCUACCCACCCUGCGAAGCGCAAGAAGGUUGGGGGCAGUGAGUCCUCAAAAAAAAAGAAGAAGCGGCCGCAACAACAACAACAAGAACGCGAGGAAUCGCAAGAGCUUCCGUACAUCAGCAGCCCGGUUUCCACCAAGCGGACCUCCACGACAAUCGCGACCAAUGGCCACCACCACAAUUACCAUGAUGCGCCUCCGGUGCCAGAGACCCCCGAACCCGAAAUCCCGAUCGAUCCAGCCCUGCGAAGCGAGCCCGUCGCCAUUCAGAAACCCCAGGACCAGGACCACGAGAUGCAAGAUGCCGACCAGACCGAAACCUCGACCCCGGGGACCGGGACUCAAGGAGAUGUGACCGGCGCAUCAUCAUCGGCGCCCAGCGCUCCCUCGGUCCCACCGAAGAAGGGUCGCCGCCCUCAAGAGAAGGAGAACGAGAGCAACAGCAACAAGACCACCGGCGGGAAGACGGGCUUCUUUUCGCCCGACGAGAUCCAGAAGCUGGAGGCCUUCAAGCUGAACUUCUGCACCAUGAACGGCGUGGAGGCGGACACGUUCGACCUGAUGGUGCAGCACUCCGUCCGGGAUCGGCAGGAACAGUGGCCGGUGCACACCGACAUCAUCACGAAGCCGGAGUUCUGGCAGAAGAUCUACGAGACCAUCCCGGACCGGGACAAGAGAUCCGUCUACCGAUUCAUGCGCCGCCAUUUCCAGUGCUCCUCCCAGAAGCCUCACCACUGGACCCACGAGCAGGACGAGGAGCUCAUCUCGCUGCACAGACUACACGGCGCCAAGUGGGCGUACAUUGCGAAGAUGAUUGGCCGCAGCGACGACGAUGUCGUCCAGCGGUGGAAGAACCGGCUGCAGCAUCGCCGCACGAUGAACCGCGGCCCCUGGUCGGAGCAGGAGGUGCAAGCCAUGAUGGACGCUCUGCAAGACGUCUGGCAUACCAUGAAAGCUACUGGGGUCGAUGUUGGCCAGGAUGUUUACGAGUUGGACGAGGUCUACAUCGCUUGGGGCGUGGUCAGCAACAAGAUGAACAACUGCCGUUCUCGCCAGCAGUGCGCCGACAAGUGGCGGAAGCUCAGGGCCAAGGUCUUGAACCAGCGCAGUAAGGAAAACCCCGAUGCGUUUCAUGACUCGGCGGUUGCGAAAAAGUCAGGUGGGAGCCGUCGGAGCAAGUCACGGGCCGUGAGUACCCCUCAGCAAAAGCCUAAUACGAAGUUCAAGAGCCAGGAGAUCGUGGAGUCGGAGGAUGAAGGCGUGAGCCAAGAAGCGCCAAAAGCGGCGGAGAAGAAGGGCGCGCAAGAACCGGAGGUGGAGGAGUCGGAGGUGGAGGAAGAGGAGGUGGAGGAAGAGGAGGAAGAGGAAAACGAGGAACAAGAGGAAGAAGAAGAGGACGAAGAAGAAGAAGAAGAAGAAGAGGAGGAGGAGGAGGAGCAAGAGGAAGAGGAAGACGACUCAGCCGAGCCAGAAGUUCCCAUCAAGUAUGAACGGCACUCAACGGAACUGGAUGAUGCAUACGUGUCAGCACCAUCGAAACAGCCCACUGGGGCCAUCCGUCAUAUCACGAACACCGACUCGCGGGAGGAUUCCGUUGCCAAUGAAAUUGACGAUGAUUUAGUCGAUUGGGCCAUCAAGCCGGAGCGCAGACAAAAAUCCUCUCCGGAGUCAGAGGGGGAGGAGGAAGAGGAGGAGGAAGAGGAGGACGAGUCGCCUAGCCCUAACUCCAAACGGGAUGUCAAGCCCAGCCUUCGCGACGAAGAGGUCGAGAGCGAAAGCGAAAGCGACAGCGACAGCGACGAGAGCGAAGAGGAGAACUAUUCCACUCCACCCAGUGGGCAGAAAUCCGCCAACCUCAAAGCCACCUCCACUAGCACCGUCACCAAGUCAUCCCAACAAAAGGGUCAAGGAAGCACCAUCAAGCCCCGAAGCCCCGUAGUGGUGGUCACCAAAUCCAGAAAGUCACCGUCCCCAACUGCCUCCGCCUCUUCAUCCCAAGAAGAAGACGAUGAUGAUGAUGAAGAGGAGGAAGAGGAAUCCGGACGCAGCGACAGCGAAACAAGCAGCACCGGCGGCGACUGGCCCGCCAAACCCCCCUCCCGAACCACUGGCACUACCACAGCCGCAGCCACCACCACCACCACCAGCCCUAACGCCCGCAAACCCUCCACCAACACCAACACCUCACCCAUCACCACCGCCAAGCGCACCACCACCACGCAACCCCCCACGAAACCCACCAUCACGCGCCCCACGCCCUCCAAACCCACUGCCCGCGAACUCGAACCCGAAACCGAAUCCGAACCUGCCUCCGACGACGAAGACGCCUCCUCCGCCUCCUCCUCCGAAGAAGAAGAAGGAGACUCCCCCGCCCCCAAGCAACAACUCCAAAGGCCCUCCAUCCCCACGCGCCCCUCUUUCGGCUCCAGCUCCCAACCCACCCGGCCCCCGGGCCAACGCCUCAGCCUCAAGGAACUCCGCGACGCCAGCCUCAGCAAGGCGAACAGCAAACUCAAGGCCCCCAAGCCCAGCACGCUGACCGACAUAAUGUCCGACGCGAAGUCGCGAGCCAAAGCCGAUUCAUCCGACGAGGACGAUGAAUCCUCAGAUUCGGAUUCGGAGUCGGAUUCCGAGUAA